AUGGCUUCCCCCGGCAAGUGCUCGGGGAAGAGGUCGGCGCUUCGACGGCUGGCGCUCCUGGUGCUGGCGGCGGCACCUUUGACCGACCGGGCUGGUGGGGCCUUCUCACUGGUGGGCCGGGGCUUCCAUGGAGGACCCAUCGGAGAUCACCACAAGUCCCCGAAGGCCAGCAAAGGGCAUACCAGGGAGGUGGCUGCUGCGUCUAUUGCCGGUGCAGUGCUCGAGGAUGUGGCCGUGGCGGCGCCAGCGAUGGAGAAAUUCCGCGCCAUCACCACGAAGGAC